AAGAAAGGAGAGCGCGGAAACAAAACUAAAAUUUCCGGAUUCCCCUCCUCUCCCCCGGUGGCCGGAGUCCUACCGGCGGCCGUGAUGGCCAACAAGCUGGUCUCGGACAUGUGCCUGCCUCCCCACCUCGCCCACCUCCUCGCCGCCCGCCGCCUCACCACGGCCAAGGACGUGCUCUCGCUGCCGGAGGUGGAGCUGAUGUCCCUGCUGGACGCGGGCCUCGCCACCGCCCGCGACGCCGUCUGCCACGUCAGCGAGUUCGCCUGCCCUCCCUGCCAGACGGUACCCCGCCUCGCCUCUCUCGCCAUUUCGGGUUUGGGGGUUUCUGAGCGAUUGAUGUUUUGCGACCGGUUUGCGCAGGCGCUCGCGCUACUGGAUGAGCGGGUGAGGUUGGGGGGCGGCGGCCGGCUGGCCACCACGCUCUGCGGGCUGGAUGAGGCGCUGGGGGGAGGUAUCCCCCUGGGCAAGCUCACCGAGGUCGUCGGGCCCUCGGGGAUCGGCAAGACGCAGUUUUGUCUGAAGCUUGCGCUGUUAGCAACGUUACCAGAAUGCUAUGGGGGCCUAAACGGUCGAGUUGUGUAUAUUGACACCGAAUCCAAGUUCUCUUCACGGAGGAUGAUCGAGAUAUGUCAGAAAAGCUUUCCUCAAAUAUUUAGGCAAGAAGGCUUAGCACAAAAGAUGGCUGGCAGGAUCCUAGUGAUGCGACCAGCAUCAUUAUCUGAUUUCACAAAGAGUUUGGAACAGAUGAAGGUGACUCUCCUCCAAAAUGAUGUGAAGUUACUCAUUGUUGAUAGCGUGGCUGCUUUCAUGUCAUCGGAGAACGAAAGAGGUACAACAGGUUUCACACAACACCCUCUAAGAUGGGCUCUUUCAUUUCUUAAGUCUAUAGCAGAGUUGACAAGAAUUCCAGUUGUAGUUUCAAACCAGGUCCGCAGCCAAAGUAAUGAUGAUGGUUAUCAUUACUCGUUUGAAGUAAAAAGGAUGGGUGAUGGCGAUGGUGCUGAAAGACUCGAAUCUCAUCUUGUUGCUGCUCUUGGAAUCCAGUGGGCUCAUGCUGUAACUAUCCGUCUAGUCUUCGAGUCUCACUCAGGUCAGAGGUUCAUCAAGGUGGCGAAAUCGCCCAUGUCUCCAGCAGUAGCAUUUCCUUUCAUUGUGGAAUCAUCAGGCAUUACAUUACUAAAUGAUGAAGGCAUUGAUGUGUCAGGUCCUGAGAUAACCUCGAUUCGCUGUCAAGGGCAAAAUUUGUUGGGUCUGUUACCACUUGAAAACUGAAGAUGAUUUCACAAGACAGGUGUGCUUGUGGGUCGGCAGGAGAUAGUCAGAAAGGAUCUUAAGUAUGCUGCUGACAGUGUUUAUGCUCCUUCCACUUGUCAUGACAGAAAGCGGAAUCAAGCAAUGUACAUAGUAGACAACUACUGUUCCUUCGGAACCACAUGCCUGGUUUUAUAUUAAAAUUUCCUUAUUUGUUUAUGUUUCUGGAUGGGGAUUAGUUGCUAGAGAUAUAACUCUAAUUUUCUGCGUCUAGUUGAUGCCCCUA